UUUCAUUGCUCUCCUCCCCCCCCCAUGUCCCAGCAGGAGAACCUCGAACAAUCUUAUGAACCAUGAACUUGACAAAGCUGUUGUCAAAGAACCUAAUCCAAAAUGGGAUAGUUAGCAGAUUUUAUUAUACAAAUAGGGUCAACAAAGCCACGUUAUAUUCCAGAAUCAGCCCUUUGGGGAGCCCUGACAAAAGCGUCGAGCCUGAGCUUGAAGACUGGCUCAAAAAUGGAAAGAAAAUUCGAGUCGCUGAGCUUCAACGCAUCAUUCACGAUCUUCGCAAACGAAAGCGCUUUACUCAGGCUCUUGAGGUGUCUGAAUGGAUGAAUAAGAAGGGUAUUUGCACCUUUUCACAUACUGAACAUGCGGUGCAGUUGGAUCUCAUUGGUAGAGUUCGUGGAUUUCUUUCUGCAGAAAGCUAUUUUGAUAGUUUGAAGGACCAAGAUAAAACUGAUAAGACAUAUGGUGCUCUUCUGAAUUGUUAUGUGAGGCAGCGCCAGACAGACAAGUCCCUCUCUCACUUGCAGAAAAUGAAGGACUUGGGUUUUACCUCAUCACCUCUUACUUACAAUGGUAUCAUGUGCCUCUACACAAAUAUCGGACAGCAUGAGAAGGUACCUGAUAUAAUGAGGGAGAUGAAAGAGAACAAAGUCUCCCCUGACAACUUCAGUUACAGAAUCUGCAUCAAUGCCUAUGGUGUAAUGUCUGAUCUCGAGGGAAUGGAAAGAAUUUUGAAGGAGAUGGAGAGUCAAUCUCACAUUAAGAUGGAUUGGAACACAUACGCCGUUGUAGCCAAUUUUUGCAUAAAAGCAGGUCUCACUGAAAGGGCAAUCGAUGCUCUAAAAAAAUCAGAACAGAAGCUAGAUAAUAAAGAUGGAACUGCAUUCAAUCAUCUAAUAUCACUAUAUGCAAACUUGGGGAAUAAAGCUGAGGUCUUGAGAUUAUGGGGUCUAGAGAAAGCUUCUUGUAAAAGGUAUAUAAACAAGGACUUCAUUACUAUGCUGCAAUCUCUUGUGAAGCUUGAUGCAUUUGAAGAAGCUGAGAAAGUACUUGUGGAGUGGGCAUCGUCUGGCAACUGUUAUGAUUUUCGGGUACCAAGUAUCAUCAUUAUUGGCUAUGCUGAAAAGGGUCUACAUGAAAAGUCAGAAGCAAUGCUUGAAAACCUGAUGGAAAAAGGUAAGGUUACCACCCCUAACAGUUGGGGUGUUGCGGCUGCAGGUUACCUAGAUAAAGGUCAGGUGAGAAAGGCUUUGGAGUGUAUGAAAACUGCCCUAUUUUUAACUGUGGAGAAUAAGGGGUGGAGACCCAACCUUAGGGUGAUUACAAGCAUCUUGGAAUGGCUAGGUAAUGAAGGCAGUAUUCAAGAUGCGGAAGAUUUCGUGGCCUCAUUCAGGACAGUCAUUCCAGUUGACCGGAAAAUGUAUAACGCCUUGUUAAAGGCAACUAUUAGAGAUGGUAAAGGAGUGGAUAAACUUUUGGACCUCAUGAAAGCUGAUAAAAUAGAUGAAGACGAAGAAACAAAAACAAUAUUGGCCAUGAAGUCCAGCUAAGUUUUAAUACAUUAGUUAUUCAUCAUUCAUGUUAUUCCAUCUGCGGGGUAUAGUUGUUGUUCAGAAUCAGAAUGUACUUUCUUUUUGUUUGUUAAUUUGCUUCAACGAUUGAUGUGAAUUUUUUGUUCUGAAUUGUUUAGCAUGAGUAGUCAACUUGUCAGUUGUAAUCCA